AAUACCUGGAAAAUCCUACAAUGAUUAAGACCGUACUUUAUAGGAUCAUUUCUAUAGUAUGCGUCCCGUCUUUGUUUUUCAACUUAGACAACACUCACAGCCACGAUGACGAGAUUUAACGUCGUCUUCUGAGCGGGAAGCGGGUUAAAGUUCGCACGGUUAACGUCGGACUUUAACCAUUGAUGACCGUUCUUGACUCGUCUUAAGAUGAGCAGGAGGAAGGCGACGUAAUCCGAGUGGUCAAAUUGUUCUUAAUAACUCAAUUAUAUGUUAAAGCGAUGCGUUGCUAAAUGAGGAUGAAUACUCUCUCAGCCAUAAUGAAUGAAAUUAGUGUCAUUGAAAUCCAGUAAAGAAAGAUCUGAAAAGACGACUGGCAGAAAUUUAUCACAUCCAUCUGCAUCUAGCAGUGUAACAAAGAACAACACAGUUCCUUCAUCAUCAAAUAAAAGACGGGCAGAAGACAACAAUUUCGUUGAAACGUCACAAAGAAAGCCUGUUGUCAAAAAAGCUAAAAUUUCGAGUGCCUUGGACAGCAUCAGAAAUCUUUCUAAUUCCUUCGAAGAAACGUCGUCAGUUGAGAAUGAUGAUAUGAUAGUGGAUGAUUAUGAAAGUCCUAAUGAUAACACUUCCAACAUGGCUGGCUUACCUUCAGAUUUCUUUGACAGUUCACAACCUAAAUCAGAAGAAAUUAUAGAUAAGGCGAAACAAGAAAAUCUGAACGAAACUCAAAAACCAGAGGCUAUUCCCGAAGGAUUUUUUGACGACCCAAAACUUGACGCCAAAGCUCGAAAGGUUGAAUAUAAGGAUCCCGCAGAUGAAGAGUGGGAAAAAUUUCAGAAAGCUUUAAGCACCGAGAAUCAGGUCUCUGAAGCAAUUAUUUUAGAAGAAGAUGAAGAGUCAAGAGUUGAUAGGGCUCUUGAUGAAAUAAGCGAACAAAGACUGUAUUAUAUUAGAGCUGAUGUUCUUCGGGACAAACAAGUUGCGUUAAAAAAUAGCAAUAAGAAAAACGACGAUAAGAUACAUGAAGAAAUGAAAGUUGAUAAUGAAAGCGAUACUGAUAGUGACGACAUAGAUGAUAUGUUUGAUUGGAGAGCAAAAAAAGCUUGAUUGAUAAUCAAUGAUGUUCAUAAGAAAAUGUUGUUGCACCUGGUAAGCAAUAUCAAAUACGCAGGAAAUGUGUAACAUUUUCCCUACGCAAAAUCGCUUGUUCAUGGAAGACAAAAAAACGAAUAGGUUGGACUUUCAGCCAAUUGCUGUACGUAGAAACAAGCAAAGAAAGUUAGAGUAGUUUGCUGGGUACUAAGCCCUAUAAAUUCUAAUAAAAAAGCGCUUUUCAUAAUAAAUAAAUUGGGAGUGUAAGUAAAAAGUUGUAUCAUAAUAUUACAUUAUUUCUUAUGUUGUAACUUGUAACAGUAGAUUUUACCUUAACCUUAUCAGUUACCAAAUAAACUAACUUUCCAAGUGUAA